AUGAGUCAGGAUUAUUUCCCCGGCGAGGGCUCCUCCAGGUCCGCCUCGUCUCGUUUCGCUGGUGAGGAAGAAGAAAGAAGUCCCUUUUCCCCCCAAGCCCCACCGGCAUAUAUGACUGUGGGCAAUGGUUCGACCUCGGAAAGUGCAACGGCUCUUAUGUCUUCACUAGCCCACGACUCUGGUUAUGGAGGCAGUAUCGCGGAUGGAAGCAUUACAGGAGCCGAUUCAAGUGCGGCUUGGCGUGCUGGGUUGAUGGAGGAUCGACCAACUCCGGUGCACACACCCACACGCCCGGGCGAGUAUAAUCCGGCUGCUGAGCACGAGAAACAAGUUGUCGCAAACCAUGUCCACCAGCUUCUCUACAACUCAAACCGGACCAAACUUGCUCGCUCAAUAUCCAGGACUAUCGAAACGUUGAAAGGUCUCCAGGAUAUGAACCGACAGUGGCCCGCCCACUACCCCUCGGUUCAAACCGCGCAAAGCGCUCCUUCGUCACCUACGACACGCCCGGAAUUGUAUCAUGCGCAGUCGGACUUUAGAACCGAUAACUCAAGGCCGAGAAGUCCACCUCGACCGGAGCUGAAGCGCGCUGCGACUACAAUGAACGGAGAGGACCUCGGUGAAUCGAGUGCCGCUGCUGAGCGCCGUGCACCACCUGAGCCUCGGCUGAUGACUCCGCAAAUUGCACAGGAAUUCUCGAUCUUGAAACUCGAUCUGAAGCUUGGAGCUUUGUCACAGGCAGAAUUAGUGCAUUCGCUGGAAAAGGCUUCAAUUGCUUCGUUAUUGGAUGGGAGGAUCGGGCAGAGCGUCAAACACCUUCUGUCUUUACGAGACCGGAUUGAGGAUACAUCAAGCAAGGUGUUGAUCACAGGAGAUUUGAAUGCCGGCAAGUCAACAUUUUGCAAUGCUUUGCUGAGACGAAAAGUACUGCCCGAGGACCAACAGCCUUGCACCAGUAUCUUCUGCGAGGUGCUUGAUGCUCGUGAAAAUGCUGGGAUUGAGGAGGUACAUGCAGUACACAAAGACGCUCAUUACAACCGUAAUGACGAAAGCACCUACGACGUUUACGCCAUGAGUGAGCUUGAGAACCUUGUAAUCGACAACUCAAAGUACAUGCAGUGCAAGGUCUAUGUGAAGGACGUCCGGUCGAUCGACGAGUCUUUGCUUAAUAACGGUGUGGUUGAUAUCGCCUUGAUCGAUGCCCCGGGCUUGAACUCGGACUCUUUGAAAACCACAGCUGUUUUUGCACGCCAAGAGGAAAUCGACGUCGUUGUCUUCGUUGUGUCCGCGGCCAAUCACUUCACGCUCUCGGCAAAGGAGUUCAUCCUCAAUGCAGCUCAUGAAAAGGCCUAUAUUUUCAUGGUGGUCAAUGGCUUCGAUCAGAUUCGCGAUAAGCAACGCUGCGAACGCAUGAUUCUUGACCAAGUAGGCAAGCUCAGCCCACGCACAUACAAGGAGUCUGCUGAGCUUGUACACUUUGUGUCAAGUAAUGCUAUCCCUGUCGCUCCGGCUGGAGCCAUCUCACAAUCUGGCUCUGGUGGGGGUGAUGGUGGUUCAGACCCUUAUGAUGACGACGACGACGAUAAUGGCAAAGACAAGGGCAAAGGCAAGGAAAAGGAAAAGGAAAAGAUCCAGGAUUUCGAAAAUCUGGAAGGAGCGUUACGACGCUUCGUGCUCGAGAAACGAUCCCGCUCCAAGCUUGCUCCUGCUCGGACUUAUCUCUUGAACCUUCUUGCCGACCUGAACUCACUUGCUACAGUCAAUCGGGACGUUGCCCAAUCCGAGCUUACACGAGUCACGGAUGAGCUGGCAGUGAUUGAGCCCGCAUACGAAAAUGGCAAGAAAAAGAAGAGCGAAUUGAUUGAAGGCGUGGACAAGGCGAUCGAUGAAUCAUGUGAUGACACAUAUAACUACACUCGCACCACCCUAUCAAAUACCAUUGCACGGGUUUCUGAGCAAGACCUAGGUGUUGAGUACCCAGGUCUCUUCUCGGCGUUCCAAUACGCAGAGGAUCUGAAGUUGGCAAUGCUGGAUCAGAUCUCUGCGGCUGUUGCAGGCUGCGAGGACUAUGCCAGAGAUAAGACCGUCCGGGGUGUUGGCUUCAUUCAAAACAUCGGUCUGCUGCACGUUGGCGAGGAAAAGUUCAGUCCGCUCAAUUUCCGUGCAGACUUGAUGUUCCGCCGGGGUCGUCGCCACACCUUUGGUCGACAGGUCGAUACUGAUGUCGAAUUCAUGGAUUUCUUCGAUAUUGCCGGUCUAUGGGAACGCCAGGAGAAGGUUGCAGGAACUGGUAUGGCGAUGACUGCACUUACUGUAGUGGGUAGCAGGGUCUUCGGUGGCUUCAGCUGGGUUGAUAGUGCACUCAGCGCGGUCAAGGUUCUCGGUCCAAACAACGUGCGUCGGAUGUUUAUUCCCGGUGUUAUUGCUGCCGCCGCGUUGACUGCGGCUUACAUGCUGUCAUCUAUCCCGUCCACCUUACCUCCUCGUAUCUCCCGGAAGAUUGCAGCGGCUCUUGCGGAAUUGGACUAUGUCCAUUCAAAUGCGAACCGCAUUUCCUCAGAGGUGCGACGUAUCCUACGUCUUCCUGCCAAGAAUCUGCAAACAAGCUUGGCUCAGGACAUUGAAGACCUUGCCCGGCGCAAGCAGGAGGUCAGCAAAAUCAAGCAGGAGAGUGAAGUUGCCACCAAGUACUUCUCAAACUUGUUGCGUGAUAGUAGUGAGAACCGUCGCUCUGUCGAGAAUCUCGACCUCGACGGUCCACUCCCUGGUGCCAUGGGCGCCUUUGACCCAUAA